GUCGCUGAAUAAGGAAACAAACAUUUAUUCAGUCGUGUCAUUAAAUGGGUAAUGGUUUGAUAUCUAUCAGAAGAACAUUAUAAUGAUGCUUCGAAGAACAAGAACAGCAAAGGUGUAUAAAGAGCCAACAACAGAUGAUGAAUCCGAUGACACGACAGGCGAUCAAAAAGAUGACAGUGCAGAGCCAGAGGAAUGGUUACCAAAUUUAAAUGAAGGCAAACCGAAAGGAAGACGCCAGAAGGGAAAAGAUGAAAUGGCUGAAAAGAAACAAGUCACCAAGAGGGUGGCCAAACCCAAAGAGCCAAAACCUAAAGCUGAGAGGAAGCUGAGAGCUGUACGUGUUCCUAAAGGGAAGAAGAAGCCCACUACAGAGCAACAAAUUGAGGCUGCAGCAAGUAAACCGAAACCCGACUCACAGCAGCAUGUGACAGUUAAAGAGGAGAGGUUAUCCAUCAACUUGAGCAGAGAGUUUAGUAAUAAUGCAGCUAUGCUUAGAGAUAUGCCUGAUGAGGGGCCAUCAUCAAGCCAACAUCUUUCCAAAGUAAAAAAAGAAGAACCAGAGGACAGCUUCACUUUCGAUGAACCUGCUCAGAAGAAGCAGAGAACCACAAAUGCCCCUCAGGGAAGACCAAUAAAGUUAAAAUCAGGAAAUCCCUGUGUGGAGGACAUGCAGAUGAAUUGGGAUCCCAUUCAGGUUCUUGCUAAAAAGACGGGUGUGGAGCAGUGGGUGUGUGUGAACAUCACACAACUCUUCCAGGAGGAGAACACUAUUCCCUUCAUGGUGCGCUAUAGAAAGGAUAUGAUCAACCAUAUGGAUGCAGAUGCUGUUCGAGACGUGCAGCUCACUCUGGAAGAGCUACGGUCAGUGGCAAAGAAGAGCAGGACUGUUGCUCAAACACUAAAGAAGGAGGGAGUUCUUACUUUAGAGCUGGAAAUGGCUCUGAAGAACUGCACAACAGCAGAUGAAAUAGACCAUGUGUAUGCACCCUAUAAAAAGGGCAGUAAGUUGUCCAAGGCCCGGCGAGCUAAGGAGCUAGGACUGGAACCUGUUGCACUGGCUCUACUUCAGGCACCACAGACCCUGGACUUGCACUCCAGAAUCCAGCCCAACACAAAGGGGUUGUCGACUCUGGAGGAGGUGGCCACAGGUGUGCAGGAGAUCCUGGCAGAUAUGAUUGCUAAGGACAAAGAGACUAUCACCUAUGUCCAAUCACUGUGCGACAGGAGUGCGGUGACCAUUCACUCGUCAGUGUCUAAAACAGCCCUUAAAGAACAGCAGCAGGAGAAAGGGAAUCAGAAGAGUAAACCAAAGGACAUUGCUAAGUUCAGCCUGUACACUGACUUCACCUGUGACAUCCAGCGUAUUCAGCACCAUCAGACGUUAGCCAUUAACCGUGGGGAGAAUCUGAAGAUUCUGACAGUGAAGGUCAACAUCCCCGACUGGGUGAAGAAUGACUUCUCUUGGUGGUGCGUCAACGUCAGGUGGAGGCCACAGGGAUUUGCACGGCCAGAACUGAUGACGAUUUUGAAGAAUGCUGCUGAAGAAUCCUAUAAGAGGUUUAUUGUACCCUUUCUCAGCCGAGGCUACAGGACAAAGUUAACUGCUAGUGCAGAAAAAGAGUCUAUCGCCAUGUUUGUUCGUAAUCUUCGUCAGCGGCUUCUGAUGUGUCCUGUGCGUGGGAGCACCAUCAUGGGAGUGGACCCAGGAUUUCACCACGGCUGCAAACUGGCCAUCCUCUCCCCAACCAGUCAGAUACUACACACAGAUGUGGUGUACCUGCAUAGCUCUGGAAAACAUAGAGAGGCAGGCAGACUGCGUCACCUUCUGCUUAAAUAUGGAUGUCAGACCAUUGUCAUAGGAAAUGGCAAAGCAUGCAGAGAGACUGAGGCCUUCUUUACAGACCUAAUUAAACAGAGUUUCUUCCAACCCCUAGAUGUGUCCUACUGUAUAACAGAUGAAGCAGGAGCGUCCAUCUACAGUGUGAGUCCUGAGGCUGUUAAAGAGAUGCCUGACAUGGAUCCCAACUUAAGGAGUGCAGUGUCCAUAGGGAGGCGUGUUCAGGACCCUUUAGCAGAGCUCAUUAAGAUUGACCCCAAACACAUUGGCAUAGGAACCUACCAGCACGAUGUGUCACAGAGUUUGCUGAGGGCAGCGCUGGAUGGGGUGGUGCAGGAGUGUGUGAGCUUCGUGGGAGUGGACAUCAACAUCUGUUCAGAGACGCUGAUGAGGCAUGUUGCAGGCCUGAAUGCUGGGCGAGCACGCAGUAUUAUGGAGUGGAGAGAAAAGAACGGACCUUUUUUCAACCGAGAGCAGCUGAAACUGGUCAAAGGCCUCGGUCCUAAGAGCUUUCAGCAGUGUGCUGGCUUUAUCAGGAUCAACCCAGAGACAGUACACAGUUACAGCUCUGGAGCAAACCAAGACCUUGAAGUUCCUCCGAAACAGACAUUUGAGAAAAGAAAAGUCAAGGCCUCUGCUAGCACCUGUAACCAGUUUAACCCACUGGACCAAACCUGCAUCCAUCCUGAAUCCUACAGUAUCGCCCUGAGGUUCUUGUCUCAAAUAGGGGGCAGUUUGGAUCAGAUGGGCAGUGCUGUGCUCAGGCAGAGGGUUGAAAGCAGUGUUAAGAGCAGUAGUCUGGAUGUAUUGGCCAAAUCCCUGGGCACCACACCUGAGACUCUACAGCUUAUUGUUGACGGACUUACUCAGCCACCUGGCUUUGACAUUCGUCAGGAUUUUGAGCAGGCUGACUUCAAGCGAGAAAUUGUGUCCAUGAGUGACCUGCGUGGAGGCAUGGUACUAACAGGGCGUGUAACAAACACUGCUUUAUUUGGAGCCUUUGUGGACAUAGGAGUUGGGCGUUCUGGUCUCAUCCCAAAGCGUUACAUCACUCCCGAUAAACUUCCUGUUGACCAAAGGCGACGAAGCCUUGCUCUUGGUCCAGGUGAACGGGUAGAGGUGUGUGUCCUAAAUGUGGAUCUUCAACGGAAUCGGAUCAGUCUGGACCUCAUUAGGAUUCUCCGAUAGGAACUAUUGAUUAAUUAUUUAAAUAACAAAGGCUUACUGAUGAUGGACUAUGGAAGACAGACUAUUUGUCACACGUGCUGUCAUGCUAUGAAUGUUGAAUAUUUUGCUAAGUAUUUUAUUAUGGCAAUUGAAGACUUUGCCAUAAAGCAUUUGUUUAAAAGCUACAACUGUUCAAAUUUCUUAGAAAUGUUUUUUGCACUUUAGCUAAUUUCUCACUUAUCAAGCUGUAAAUAAUAUUAUUGGUUUUGUAUUAUAUUCAUAUCAUGUUUUUCAUGUCUAAUGACUUCAUACCUUCUGUUUUUGUUACGAAGAUGCUGUUCUUUCAUUUUGUUUCACCAUUAACCUGCUGUUACUUUAGUUUUCAAAACCUUCAAUAAAGUUACUUUACGUUUCAUGGAAGA